CGCUGCCGUGUCCGGGCCACCCUUUUCCCGUGGGUUCCCAGUCCCAGGAGCCACCACCGAGAGCCGCCGCACCGCAAGGUCUCGGACGAAGGUUUGUCCUGCGGCACCGGAGCUGUCAGCUCCGCCUGGGCAGGAAAAAUGUCAGACGGUUUCUCUUUGUCUGACGCCUUGUCCCCCGGCAACAACCCGAACCCCUCUGCCCCCCCACCCCAAGGCUGGCCCUCCUGGGGGAACCAGCCGCCGGCUCCGGGGGGGUUCCCGGGCUAUUCCGGUCCUCCGGGCACCUAUCCUGGCUCUCCAGCAGCACCAGGCACAUACCCAGGAGCACCGGGAGCAUAUCCUGGAGCACCAGGAGCAUACCCUGGAGCACCGGGGCCAUAUCCCGGAGCACCGGGGCCGUAUCCUGGAGGACCAGCAGGAUCAGGACCAUAUCCAGGAGCACCAGCAGGAUCAGGACCGUAUCCCGCCCCCGGGCAACCGCCCAGUGGCCCUGGAUUUGGGCCCCACCCUCCGCAGGGGGGACCGGCUCCUCCCAUGAAAGUCCCCUUCGAGCUGCCCCUGCAGGGAGGACUCGUCCCUCGGACGCUCAUAACCAUCACAGGCACCAUCAACCCCAACCCCAACAGGUUUUCACUGGAUUUCAAGAAAGGGAAUGACAUCGCCUUCCACUUCAAUCCCCGCUUCAAGGAAGACAACAGGAAAGUCAUCGUCUGUAACUCCAUGUUCCAGAAUAACUGGGGAAAGGAGGAGAGGACGGCUCCCAGGUUUCCAUUCGAAGCUGGAAGACCCUUCAAGCUCCAGAUCCUGUGCGAGGUGGAUCACUUCAAGGUGGCGGUGGACGACGCUCACUUGCUGCAGUACAGCUUCCGCGAAAAGAAGGUGAACGAGGUCACCAAACUCUGCAUCGCGGGGGACAUCACCCUCACCAGCGCCGUGGCCACCACGAUAUAGCUAUGGCGGCCCGAUUUUAAUGCAAACUUAGUGCUCUUAACAUGGCUUAAGUGCCUUCUCACAGGAGUACUUGGAGGUAAUAAAACGUACUUUCACAA